CCUCAUUCACAGUCAAGACUAGCAAACGCUGAGCAACUCUUACUUUCCUUCGUGGCUUUCUGCUCGUUAUUUCCUGUUUCCAACAAUCUGCUGUUGUUUACUGGGGUUCCCGCAUGUCUGCAAACGUGUCCUCGGAGUGUCCCGCCAUCAGCAUGUCUUCAGAAGCGUCGUCUCCAGUGAAGUCCACCACUCCUCCUCUGUCUCCAUCCUCCCCGGUGUCUCCCAGCGCUCUGCGUCUUCCCGCCUACCGCAACAGAGCCCGCUCGCCCUCGCCCAUGAGAAGUCACCUGAUCCCCAGCCCGCUGCCCACCCGCCGCAACCGCACCUGCUCCGCUGCAGCUCGGGCCGCUGAGGGUCCGGUGUUUUCUGGCAUCUGCAAGUGCUUUUCACGUUCCAAAGGACACGGCUUCAUCACGCCGUCAGACGGAGGCAAUGACAUCUUCGUGCACAUUUCUGACAUUGAGGGCGAGUAUGUGCCUGUGGAAGGAGAUGAAGUGUGCUACAAGAUCUGCUCCAUUCCACCCAAACACGAGAAGAUCCAGGCCGUGGAGGUGACCAUCACUCAUUUAGCACCCGGCACCAAACACGAGACCUGGUCAGGAGCCGUGUUUGAGUCCUGAGCUCCAGCCGGAACAGCAGAUCUGCAUCUGAACUCUAUCAUGAAGGAUCUCCAGCUCACAAAGGCUUCUGCGUCUUUCCUGGAGGUUUGUGGGGACUGGACUGGGUUGAAAUCAAUGCCUUGAUAUAAUGCCACAUACACAUAUAAAAAAAUAAAAUUACUUGCAUUUUAUUCUCUCCUCAUUCUUUGGGCUCAGGAGGGGAGUUUGUUUAAAAUCUCUCUCUCUGAUUGGCUUUCUGUUUAAUUAUGUGGCAUUAGUUGAAGUUUAUCCUCACACUAACUAUCUGUGAAUCAUCCAUUCAUUUGAUUAGUCUUAAAGGGACAGUGCACCUAAAAUUGUACUCGCCCAUUUGAGUGUUUCAUCUAUUGAACACAAAAGAAGAUAUCUUGAAGAAUGUUGGAAAUUGAUAACUAUUGAAUGUGGUGAUUUAUCAGUUUUUUCUUUCCUACUAACGAUGUCAAUAGCUAACAGUAAUCAAAAUAUCUUCUUUUGUGUUCAACAGAUGAAAGAAACAGAUGAAUUUUGUGGGUGAACUGUCCCUUUAAGAACAUGAAGCCUUAAUGCAUAUCUAAACUGCUUAAAUGGAUAGGUUUCCAUAUUUUUAUUCACUGAAAAAAAAGUGUAUAUCUGCAUUGUUGUGAAAACGUAUCAUUUUGAUCAGUGUUUCUCAACCAUGUUCCUGGAAGACCACCAGCUCUGCACAUUUUCUUUUCCUUAACCAGACCACCUGAUUCAGAUCAUUAGCAGAGACUGAAAAACCUGUAAUGGGUGUGACAAACAAAGGAGACAUCCAAAACAUGCAGUUCUGGUGGUCCUACAGGAACAUGGUUGAGAAACAUUGAUUUUGAUCCUUUCUUGUGAGCGUGUGAUGAUGAUUUUGCUUGAAAAUACAGUCGAGACGAAUAAAAUAUUAAUCAAAAUGGUA